CCUUUGGUCGGCGGCCGAGGCUCCUCCUCCCCGCGCAGCCGGGCUCGGGCUCGUCGGGCCGGCGAACAAAAGCGGAGGGCGGCGGAGGAGGAGGAGCGACGGAAGGAGGAGAGGAGGAGGAGGAGGAGGAAGAAGAGGCCUCGCGGCGGCCGGGGGCGCAUUGAGGACUAGCCGCUUGCGACAACAGAUCCCUCCCGGCGAGCCCAGGCAAGGGGGCAGAGCACCCCCCCACUGCAACAUGGCACCCCCAAGAGUUUCUUCUCCGUGAACUGCCUUCCUGCCCGCACCUGAAUCCGCCCCGGCCGCAAGAUGGCGCCGGCCCCCGCCUGCUCCCGGGACAUGCCAUGGAGGAGUCGCGCCCACCGGACGCCGCGCUAGGGUUCCCCCCCUGCCAGAGGAUGGGUCGGGGCAGCCAGGGCAGAGAGGCCUGCCCCCUGGAGGGCGAAGGGGCAGCCGUGGGGAGCCUCCUCCUGUUGGCACUCAAUGGGCACCCUAAACGCCGCAGGGCAGAGCACGGCAGCGACGACGACCCUGCGGGCGAGGGGGGGCCCAAGAGGCAACGAGAAGCCCCCCCGGAGACCCGGGCACCCCCUUCGGGGCGCCUGGCACUGGACUACGUGGUGCCCUGCAUGAACUUUUAUGGGAUCUGCGUCAAGGACUCCUUCCUCGGGGAGGUUCUGGGCGCCCGGAUUCUGGCGGAGGUGGAGGGGCUCCACCGCAGUGGCAAGUUCCGCGACGGGCAGCUGGUCAGCCAGAGGGCAGUGCCGCCCCACACCAUCCGGGGGGACCAGAUCGCCUGGGUGGAGGGCUGGGAGCCCGGGUGCCGUGCCAUCGGAGAACUCAUGGCGCACGUCGACCGGCUCAUGCUUCAGUGCGCCGGCAGGCUGGGCACCUACGACAUCCGCGGACGGACCAAGGCCAUGGUGGCAUGUUACCCCGGCAACGGCAGGGGGUACCUGCGCCAUGUGGACAAUCCUCACGGAGACGGGCGCUGCGUCACUUGCAUCUAUUACCUAAACCGGCACUGGGACAGCAAGGUUCAUGGUGGGAUCCUGCAGAUCUACCCAGAAGGACGCUCGGUGGUGGCCAACAUCGAGCCCAUCUUUGACCGGCUGCUCAUCUUCUGGUCUGACCGGCGCAACCCCCACGAAGUGAAGCCAGCCUACGCCACCAGGUAUGCUAUCACCAUCUGGUAUUUUGACGCCAAGGAGCGGACAGAAGCCAAAGGGAGGCACCAGCUGGAAGAAGGGGGCAGAGCCCUCUCCCGGCGGGGCGCAGGAAAACGGGCCGACUUGACGGACAGCCGUGCGUUGCCGCCGUGGGAUCCUGACCGCCAAAGACCCUGCGCUCUCUUUGGCCAUUUCAAGCUGCCUGUCGCUGCCUUUGCUGCCGCCUGUGUCCGCUGCCCCCCCCAAAUCCGGCCGGCUGCAGCUGGAAGGCCUUUGACCACAGCCCAGGAGGAGAGGAAGAUGAUGGUGAUGAAGAAGAAGAAGAAAAAAGGGGCUGUCGAGAGGCAGCUGGACCUUGAGAAGAAAGGCUGUGUGUUUGUGUGUGUGUGUGUGAAUGGGCCCGGCAUCUGUAGGUGCAGCCCGCCCCCCCCAGGGAGAGGGUGGCUUUUGUGUUCCCCUUCUGCCGCCUCAGAAGGGACCCCCAGGUGCCGGGAAACCCUUGUCCAGCAGGACCCUCCCGGUCUACCCCUGCCUGCCCCCAGCGCCAGUGCUUGGUCCUGCUCAUUUUAAUCCAUCUGCGAAAUGAGAGAGAGGGAGCAGGAAACGAGGGAGUGCGGAAGAGCAGAAAAAGAGAGGGGUGGCGAGAGAACGAGCCGCCCCGUGGAUGAGACGGAAUAAACAUCAGCUCAUGGAAAUGA